UCCAUGAUGACUCCUCCCCUCCUCCUGACUACUCCAGAGGGACAUUAAGCAGCAAGACCAAGUUGGGGCAAAGAUCUUGGGGAGACCCUACUCGUAGGACCCUCAGAGAUGGGGUCUUUGCUGCUGUGGGGCUUGGUUGCCAUCUUCGCUCUUGUGGAUCUCAUUGAUUCGGGAUGUGGGGCAGAGUCCACAGAUGCUGUUCUGGAGACAGAGGACAACCCCAGUAAGGAAGGUGUAGAAACUCCACGGCUGUCCAGGACAACCUGGCAUCAGAAACACAGGCCCACCGUUUACAGGACCGGCAGUCUUUCUGCCCUCAGCAGAGCCCUCAUGAUGAACCUGAGCAUUGCACAUGAGACAGAAGAAAACAUCCGUCGUGAGAGAGGAGCCAACUUCAUCAGGGAUCCUUGCUGGGGAUGCUGUGGGACUCAGUUUCCCAACCACACCAGAAGCAGAGCGGCUGGAUCCUUUGCUGGGACAAAGUGGAGCGGCCACCAGAAAGGCAACGCCACCACUGAUCACUGCCGAGGCUGCUGUGGGACGUCAAAUACUACGGCUCGGACCAAACCCCUAGGAAGAAGGGAGGAGGGGAAAGGGUCCCAAAGCUCAGAGGGCAGCCCCAGCAGGAGGCCCUGGGGGCCAGCAAGGUCCCAAAUAAACCGUCUUCCCAGAGGGGAGAAAACGGAUGGACCAUUUUCUCCGGAGGUGCCGUAUAGCAACAUCACAGCAGAGGGUGAACAGCAAAAGGCCAAAUGAAUGGCUUCCAGAGAGGAGAGGCAAUUAAAAAACAAAAAACGACAUUGCCAGGCAACUUGAAGAAGAUCCAUGGCUGAGAACUGAGAUAAAGACACUGUGGACGUUACCUGAGCAAUGCUCUAUUUGCAGUAAAUGUGCUCCCCUUAUUAUGAGUCUCUGGAUUCUUCUCUGCAGAGUACGAAUAAGAAAUAGACUUGGAGUGACACUUUGCACUGGAUGGAAGCUGCAUGUUCUUGAGUUGAAGCUCAUCCGGGAGAAACUUGCCCCAUGAAACUAGCCCAGGUCAUCCAGCAAGGAGUCUGUUUCAGGACACUUUUAAUCUACAGCACAGAGCACUGUGCUAAUCGCUCCCCACUGAGGGAGGACGUCAGAAACAUAAAAUGAAAUGCUUCAUCAUCAGAAGCACCUAUUGCAGCCUUCAUCAGCCUAGUGGCCUCCAGAUGUUUUGGACCACAAUUCCCAUCAGCCCCAGCCAAUACUGCUGGCUGCAGCUGAUGGGAGUUGUGGUCCAAAACAUCUGGAAGGCAUUAGGUUGGGGGUGGCUGACGUACUGUAUCUUAGGCACUUUGUCUAAAUAAGUACAUAAACAAAUAAAGAGAAGUCAUAGAAAUAAUAAUAAAAGCUUCAACAAGUAGCCCUCACUCUUGAAAACCUAUGUUAGUGUUUGCAAAUUGCUAUCAGGGAGAUUGUAUUGUACAAUUUGUAAAAAUAAUACUGUUUCUGUUAAAAAAUAAAUAAAUAAAAACUGCCAAAA